AUGAACGUCUCACGGCCGGUGAGCCGCGCCCUUCAGACCGCCCAGAGACUACGCCCCAUGAAAUCGGCGUCACAAUGGCGGCUCUCAUUCUUCACUGGCUGUCAAUUCCGGCGCUACUCCGCCGUCUCUGCCGCCGAGCUGCAGUUCGGCCAGCCCGUGCAUGAGACUCACCCUCACAUCCUCAAAGCCGGCGAGAUCACGCCCGGCAUCACAGCCCAGGAGUACUGGGAACGACGCGCCCGCCUUGCCGAGAAGCUCCCAGACAAUGGCGUCGCCGUUCUCGCCGCCGCAGACCUUCAAUACCGUUCCGGCGCGGUCUUCUUCCCCUACCGCCAAGAGUCCAACUUCCUUUAUCUCACUGGCUGGAACGAGGGCGACUCGGUCGCCGUCAUCCAAAAGACGGGCAAGGAAUUCGGCGACUUCGUCUUCCAUCUAUUCACGAAGCCAAAGGACCCGGUCGCCGAGCAAUGGAUGGGCCCUCGGAACGGUGUUCAGGCUGCCAUCGACAUCUUCAACGCCGAUAAGGCCGCCGACAUUUCCAAACUCGACCGCCAUCUCCCCGAGAUCCUUAAGGGCGCUAGCCGUGUCUAUACGGACAUUGAGAAGCCGCGUCAGGGCGAGCAGGAGAGCAAGCUUUGGCAGCUCAUGAAGGCUGACAAGUCUUGGUUUCCCUCCGUCAAGCUGCCCCUCUAUCCCGUUGUCAACUCUCUGAGAGCCAUCAAGUCUCCGGCCGAGGUUGCCAACAUGCGCCGCGCUGGCCAGAUCUCUGGGCGCGUCAUCACCGACGCCAUGCGCAGAUCGUGGAACCGCGAGAAGGAUCUCCAUGCCUUCCUCGACUACCGUUUCGCCGCCGACGGCUGCGACGGUCCGGCAUAUGUCCCCGUGGUCGCCGGUGGCCAGAACGGCCUUUGCAUUCACUACGUCGUGAACAAUAAUGUACUGCGCGACGGCGAGACGGUCCUCGUCGACGCCGGCGGCGAAUACGGCACCUACAUCACCGACAUCUCUCGCACAUGGCCCGUGAGCGGCAAGUUCUCGCCCGCGCAGAAAGAUCUCUACGAGGCUGUGCUCACGGUCCAGCGCUCUAGUGUCUCGCUGUGCCGGGAGAAUGCGAACCUAUCUUUGGACGACAUCCAUGAUCACACCUCGGCGGGGCUGCUCGGGCAGCUCAAGAGCCUGGGUUUCGAUAUCACAUCCCGUGACAUGGACGUGCUUUUCCCGCACCAUGUCGGCCACUACGUCGGUCUGGACGUACACGAUGUGCCGGGCUACGGCAGGAGGACACCCUUAAAGAAGGGGCAUUGUGUGACCAUUGAGCCUGGCAUCUAUGUCCCGGAUACGGACCGAUGGCCAAAGUCCUUCCGGGGCUUGGGCGUGCGGAUCGAGGACAGCAUUUGUGUAGACGAGGAGUCGCCAUACAUCCUCACCACAGAGGCCGUCAAGGAGAUCGCCGACAUUGAAGCCCUUAGGGACUGA